AUGGGAAGUGAAAGUAUGAUCAUUUGGGAAGGUAAUAAAAAAAAACAUGAUGUAGAUUGAUAAAAUGAAGUUGAGGAAUAGUGUAAAGAGAUUGGAGCUAUUAAUUUAAUUAUUUCAGCUAAAUUCGGAAUUGUAUUAAUGAAAUGUAUAAAUCUUUGGGAUAGAGUAACAAUUACAUUCAAUUAUAGGUAUUCGAAUCAAAGUAUCAGCAUCAGAAAUUAAAGAAUGCUAAUAACUUUUAAUAUGUUAAAGACACUAAGAAAUAAAACUAAGAAAAUAAAGGAUGUUGUUGA